AUGGCAGGAGAAAAACUUUGCCAGCAGCUGGGUGCCCUCAGGGACGUUGAGGCCGAGGAGGCCUUGAAGCAGGCUGCAAAAGCGCUCAGCCGCCUGCCCAUCGUCGUCCUGGAGAUGCCCCGGCAGGUCAGCGACAUGGCAGUUGUACGCAGUUGCUCUGGCUUCGCCAAGACAUGGGGCUAUGACGCCGAAUUGGCGAAAGUCAUUGUGUUGGCGAGCAGCGCCUCCGCCCUGAACUUUGAUGCGGACGCCGAAGUUCGGUUCCAGGUCAAACCGCUGAGCGAGGAAGAGUGCCAGCAGCAGGAGUUCCAGACGUUCCUCAAGCACCACGGUGGAGCUGCCGCCGUCGAGCACAAGUCGGAUCUCCUCCACCUCUCCGGCGGCAACGUGGGCAAGUUGGAGGACCUGGCGCAGGCCUUGCGGACCAAGACCUUUGAGGAGGUCCGGCUCGCAACCAUCGGCGCGCAGGAGGAGAUCCGUUUCUUCGGCGUCGGUGCGGCAGGUCCGUGGACUUCGCUCGUUUCACCAGCGGUGAAGGCACAAGGUGCCCACGGCCACCACUGA